UAAAACGACGUCAUACAUAAUUAUCAUCCCUGUUCGAACUAACGAAUCAUGAAACCUUUCAUUUGUAGUUUCGCUGCAUGUAUAAAAUAAAUCUGUUCUCCCAAAUUCAGUACUCUUGAUGAGCUACAUACAUGUAUGACCAGUUUCUUCGCGCUCAACUUUUAGUUCAUUGAAUAAAAUUCCUUGAACAUCUUUGGAUACACAGAUACUUCAGAAGUCUAUUCCCAUGGCCAUUGUGGAUACAGUAGCGUGGGUAAUUCCACUUUUGAUGGGCGUUUUGGGUGUGAUUUUGAAUCUCCUGUCAAUGGGUGCCAUAUUGAGCUUCAGAGCAUUACGCAAAAUAAAAAAUAUGUUCAUCUUUCACCUGUCCUUCUGUGAUUUCGUUUCAUCUAUUAGUAUUAUGAUUACCUAUGUUAUAUAUCUUACUCCAUUGGAGCUAUCAACGAUGUACCUGCAAUUGACAUUCGCAGUGUCCUUGUCGAUGUCACUGGUCACUACUCUUGCCAUCGCCGUAGAAAGAUUCAUCCUCUUUUAUCUUGAUCCUUUUGGAAAUCGCAAAAUCAUCACCCCUUUUCGAGCGAUCCUAGCAUUAUUGGUGGCCUGGGCCUGUGUAGGCGGAGUGUUUUACUUACUAGGUACCACUUUUAGAAAAAGUGUGUAUGCCUAUUUGGUGGGCAAGGUGAUUUUCUCAUUUUCAAUUUUUAUUAUCAUCACUGUUACUAUAUCUCUAUAUAUGAUCAUCUAUAAGAAAGUAACAUCUGCGUCUAAAGGCCUGGGAUCAUCGGACACCUUCCUCCAGCGGAGGUUCAAGAUGCACCAGAAGAUCAUCGUGACAUUCAGCCUUGUCGUCGGAACGACUGGGUUGUGUUGGUCCCCGCUAACAGUGACGGAGAUCUUUAAGGGGCUACCAGCAGUCAAUGACAAAGCCUGGUACUUCGCCCUCGACCGGGUCUUCUUCAGUAUUCUAUGCAUAAACCAAGUCUUGAAUCCGAUCAUCGUGUGGUCCAGAUUGACGGAGUUUAGGAAUAGGCUCAAGCUCUGCAGGCGAGAUGGAACGGGCACAACCAACAUGACUCACCUUGCAUCCGUAUCAGCCAACGUGCCAGUUAAUAGCAGGUCUUCUGACAAUCCCAAUUUCAUCUAACGUAACCAUGAGCUUACAAGAAUAAGAAAAUAUCACUUUGAUGCCCCCGGAGUAUUUUUCCUCAUGAUUGUCGAGUUUGACGACCUAGUAUUUAGUUUGGCGAAAGCACAACGCACACCAUUGACACCGGUGCACCGCGGUGGUUACUGAGCACUCAACUAUAGUUAUAUUGGUGUACACACGGAACCCGAUUUUAUUUUUUAUUGGUAGUGUUUUUUGAUGACGCAAGGAAGCAUAGGCCCGUUUGGUAUCAAAUAUGCCCCUGCCAAAAAAUGAAGCAAAACAACAAAUUAUUAAAAAUAAGGAGAAAUGACAAGUGAUUUUUUUUACGGUAUACAUGUAGAGGCCAACAUAAACGGAGAAGGAGAAUUGUGGGGUUUAUGAAUCGCUUCUCCAGAAUUGAUUUGGAGUAUGUUUCGUGCGAUCUAGAUUUCGUUGAUUAUGUAUUCGUUAAUAAAGUGAACAGUAUUCUGUGACGGGGAGGGGGUAUUUUUUACAAGAAAAAAAAAUCGCAGAUGAUGCAGGAUGAUAUCCAAAGAAAAGAAAAGUGUUGUAGGACGAAUGCACAACGAUAUAAGGUCCUACUCUAGGUUGAAUUGAUGUUCUUGUAUAUUCUUGGAAUUGGCAAUAACCAUCUGACCUACUUGCAUCGUAAUCUUAAAAUUGACAAGACUUAUGAACUAAUAAACCACAAAAAAGCGAACAAAAUGUGCAAGAUUUAAUUUUAAAAGUUGACAAAUAUAUGAUUACUUUUAAACAGUUAUUCAACUGUUUUAGUACGUGUACCUUGAGUGCGUUAUUAUUAGCUACAGCUUAACAGGGUCAACCGCGUAGCCAGGAUUUCAUUUUGGAGGGGGCGGUAAAUGCACGCAAAGCGUGCCAACACUUA